UACCCUAUUUCUCUCUCUCUCUGGCUCUCAGCACUGCAGCUCUCGUCUAUCUCUCCUCGACACUGUCAGAGACUGUCCACCCCUCUCACCUCGACGGCUCCGCCUCCGUCCAUCUCUCGAUCUCGACCCCCCACACACAAACUCACGGUUGUGAGAACAAUGAACUGGGUUCAACGUAAAAUCUAUCUUUACAACGUUACUUUUGGGCUGUAUAUGUUAGAUUGGUGGGAGCGUUGUCUUUUCAACACUAUCUUGGUGGUCUUGAUGUGGUACAUUCUUUACAACGGAUCCAAACGUGUGAAUUUCAUUUUGCAAGAGGCAUCAGCUUUGGUAACGCGCAUGAAGAUGUCUAGAGCUUUAACCGGAAAUGCUGGGAUGGAGGCGUAGCGCCGUCGAAUUGAAUGCCGCCGGAUCAUCAUGUUAAUCUCUGGGUCUAAUUACACAUAAUUCAUGAAAAUAUUUACUUGUAGAACCAGUUUUCCUCUAAUUAUUAGUAAUGUAAUUGUUAUUACUUUUUCUUGA